AUGAGGGUAGCUUCAUUUGAAAUAGAAGAUCAGCUAAUUACUGAUGAAAAUUUAAGAUCUAGAAGUUCUGGUUUUCAAAAUGCAGCAAUACAAGCAGACAAGGCGGAAACAACUGAGAGGGUGGCAACAAAGAAAAAGAAAUUUAUUGAUCGCUUCAAACAACAGGAAUUAAGUGGAUGGCAACCUGUAGUAACAUCUAGAUUUGUAAUUUUGUUCUUUUUUAUAUGUGGUGUAGUUUUUAUAGUAAUUGGGAGUAUUUUACUUUCGACUUCUAAUAGUAUAAUAGAAUGUUCAAUAGAAUAUGGAGAUCCUCCAGAUACUUCUAAAACUCAUAUUACUACAGUACAAAUUACAGUAGAAUCUUGUAACCCCUCAAAAAUAUCAGGAAAACCAAUCGAUUUUAUAAAUGGAGAAUUAUAUCUUUAUUAUUCUUUAACAAACUUUUAUCAAAAUCACAGAAGAUAUAUAACAAGUAGAAGUAAUCUACAACUUAGUGGUGAAGUAUUUACAAAACCAUCAGAAUUAAGUUCAUGUGAACCAUUAAUUACAGAUAAGAAUGGUUCAAUAUUAUCACCGUGUGGUUUAGUUGCAUGGAGCGUAUUUAAUGAUACUUAUACAGUUGUGGAUGGAAAUGGUGAACUAAUACAAUUAGAUGAAUCUGCUGAAACAAUAACUUUACUAAUAGAUCGUGAAAAUAAAUUUAAGAAUCCUUCUAAUAGUGAAGUAGAGGGUAAAAAUAUUAAUCAAUGGUUACCUGAAGAUAUAUUUCCAGGUAAAGUAGAAAAUGGUCACUUUAUAGUUUGGAUGAGGACUGCAGCCCUUUCUUCUUUUAAAAAAAUAUAUGCAAAAUUUGUUAUAUCAAAGCCUGUUAAACUUCCAUUAACAGUUCAUAUAUCAAAUAGAUAUCCUGCAAAAGGUUUUGGAGGAACUAAAGGGAUUGUUGUAUCACAAAUUACAUGGAUUGGUGGUAAGAAUCCAUUUAUAGGUAUUGUGUAUAUUGUAAUAGGAUCUAUAUGUUGUUUCUUGGCAAUGAUAUUUAUGAUUAGAAACUAUAUAUCACCAAGAGUAUUGGGGGAUAUUCGUUAUCUAUAUUGGGUUCGAAGUAAUAAAUAA